GGAUUUAACAUCUGGCAGAGGACACCCAUAAACUGGGGGAAAAAUUGAAUAUUUGAGAACCAGCUGUUGAAGAGUGACACAUGCUUGCCACCAGCAUUGUCAUGCACUACUCACAGCAACAUCUGAAAUGUUUAUGGCGUAAAUGCUCAUAAUCAGUGGCGUUUAUCUAGAUUUAGCAGAAAUAUAAUUCAUAAUUGCACUGGUGACCUGAAUGGUGGCUUAGAGAUGAUGGGAACCCUGCUUACUGGACUCAUACUCUUCCUGUUUGAGGUGGGAUGUGAAAGUGAGCCAACACAUGCUGUGCCAGAAAGAGUAGAGGGCUCAAAUGGAGAAACACUGGUGUAUCUAACACCACACUGGGCUUUCCAGCUGGUCAAUGACUCGCUGUCCUUCUCUAGGGCCGACAGCUUCUGCAGAGGGCGGUUUAGCUCUCUCAUCACCUCAGACCAGAAGGAAGUCUUGGAGCUGCUUCAGCAGGCUGGACUUCACUCAUCCGUCUGGGUCAGGGAUUCCAGCAGAGUAGCCUCCAAGCCUGUGGCACUCUCCCAGCAGUAUUUGCAGUUCUCAGCUCUAAAGUUUCCAAAGGAGUCGCGUGAGGGCUUUGCACACGUCAACAAGUCCUUCCCAGCCCUCUCAUCUGUCAGUGUUUGUGUUCGAGUUCAGUGGGACCCAUGGUGGAGCGAGGUGUCGACCAUAUUUUCCUACGCUGCACCUGUCUUUACCAAUGAGUUCCAGCUGCGAGGCCAAGCAGACAUGCAGGGUCGCAUUUUGCUGGCGCUCAUCAUUCAUGGGAAGCACCUACCAUACAAGGCAUCCUUCCCAAAUGAUGGUGCGUGGCAUCAAAUCUGUGUCACAUGGCAGCGGAGUGGUGGCCACUGGGCUAUCUAUGUGGACGGAGACAGGAAAGACACAGGCUCAGGCACAGACACUUCUAGGGAUAUCUACGGUGAUGGGAUUCUGAUCCUGGGUCAGGACCAAGACUCUUUUGGCGGGAAUUUUACAGAGCCUUUCUUUGGAAAUAUAACUGACCUAAAUGUCUGGAACAUGUCUUUAGAAUCACGCCAUGUCCGUCUCCUAAAUGAAUGUUCACCAGUCACCCAGGACCUACUUUUCAGUUGGAACCUUGAGCUCCUUAGUAGCCACCCUGUGGUCAAAGAGGUGCAGGCCCUUUUGUUUUGCCCGGCAGUACACCAGCAGGUGGAGCUACGGGGCUGCAGAACAUUGCAGGGCUGGUCAGCUCAGCUUCCACAGUUGGGUCUGAUGGACUGCUUCCAUCUCCUGCCUUUCAUCUGCAGGAGCAGCAGAGAGCGUUACCUGAAAAUGAAGCAGAUGAGUGACUCUCAGAGCUCUCAGCCCACUGCUUUUAUGAGCCAGCUGAUGAAGCUCUCCAACCAGAGCCAGCUGAUGCUGGGCCCGGAGCCAUCAGGGCUGAGCAGCCUGGCCCAGGCAUCUGCCCUGCUUGACGUCUCUGUCCAAGCCCUGGAGGACACCCGGGACGAGGGACUGCAGCCAGCAGACAUGAUGUCCCUCAUACAGCUUCUGUCUCUAACUGCAGACGUCCCCUCACAGCCAUUUACCCACGACACUAACUACAGCCAGGACAGCAUACAGGAGCUCAGCCAGCACUUCAUCAGCUUGGCUGACAGCAUCAUCAGUGAAGAAGACACCUUAAAGUGGCAAGCCAUCAAAGAGGUGGUGAACGGCCCCAUGGAUGUGGUCAAAAGCAUUGACCAAAUGGUGACCAGCCUGAGCCCUCGCUUAAUGGCAGAAACCAAUCACCUAACCAUCCGCAGCCCCAACAUCAAAUUGGUGGUGCAGCAGCAGAAGCUGCAGGAAGUAUCCAGAGGAUCAAGUUUUUGUGGACCUGAAACAGAGAAGCCAACCAUCCUAGACUGUAUUUCAGUCCCACAUCAGAAGAUGCAGGAUCUCCAUAAGAAUGGUUUCCAUAACCUCACGCUCGUCAACAUAUGGUAUGGCUCUCUGCGGCCUUUUUUCAAUCCUGAGGAGAACAUCACCAUGGAGCCCACCGUCACUGAUGGCAGCCAAAGGUAA